GUUCUUCUUCAUUCAUAGCUAAAAAGGUUCGAAAUAUUAAGUUGUGGACCUCUUACAAAGUCAAUUGUAAGCUAACGAUGAAAUUUUUGGAAAUUAUUAUAUACGAGAUGUUUCUAAAGCAGAAGAUACAAUCUAGGCAAAACGGUACGGAAAAUUCUGUUAACAACUUGUGGAAAUUCUUCGUACCAACCUUGUCAAUAUUGCCCGUAGGACCGUACAGUCUUCUCCGCAGGACUAAACAGUCUUCCAGGCCCUACAGAGAAUACUGUAAGAUCCUAAGGAGAAUAUUGAUGAGAUGGCUACGGAGAAUCCUGGCAAAGAAAAAACGAACAGAAUUUUCCCAAUCUUUUUGCCACAGUGUCCAUACUUCGAGGGCAAAACCAGCAAUUAUCGUCAAAGUUUCGUAAAAAUGCUUAGCGUGUAGCACCUGGAAUGAGGGCGUUUUCGGUCAAGAAUGUUCUGACUUUCAGGAAUGUGACUCAUGUCACAAAAUACAACUGCCCUGACUGACUAUUCCAGCCAACGAGGGUGACAUUUCAUUUCGGUAUUGCAGGUGAGCACGGCCGAGGUGGUCCUUUCUGGGUAUCAUGUGGACGCAUUCGCAUUGUCCAUGGUGCCGCUUCUUCUCAUCUUCUUUGUAUCGCAGUGCCUCUCGGGGCAACUCUUGGAAAGCAGCAGUUGGGGAGUGGCAUGGAAUGCCUACCAGGGUCCCUGGCUUGCCGAGGACAUUGUCUCCCGCCGCCUCCGCCUACUGGCCAUGCAGAGAGCGAGCCGUCCCAUCAACUUCGGCGUCCCAGGGCUGCUGAUGCUCAACCACCGGUCCUGCCAAAAGGCGCUCCAAAGGGAGACCUUAAGAUGGCAGAUAAUUUUGCUGACUCUGACUCGUCAGACGAAGAAACCUCAUCGUCUUCAUCGUCUUCGACAAGCUCUUCGUCAUGUAGCGAGUCAUUUGAAAUUCGCUACAGCUACUCUUCUGAUGAGGACGCUGCACGCUGUGCAGUUUGCUUCAAACCUGCAUCGGUACCGUGCAAGGCAUGCCUGGAGGAGGCGUACUGUUCUUCGUAUCACCGCGAGGAGAACAUGAAAGAACACGAAGCCGUGUGCGCCGGCCGAAGACGCCCGCGUGAGUGCCUCCGUCCGCAGGUAGUGCAGGACGGCGCGCUGGCGACGCUGCCCCGUGAGGUGCUGUUGGCGGUGUGCGGGCACCUGAAGGCGAAGGCCCUGGUGCGCCUGGGCUGGGUGUGCAGCCGCCUGCGCGAGGUGAGCCGCUCCGCCGAGGCCUGGCAGCACGUCCGGUUCCCCGACGACCACCCCUUCGAACUCUCUGCCUUCCACCUCGGCGCGCUGCGCAUCGCCCCGGCCCUGGGGGCCCUGGAGCUGUCCGAGUGGCCCGCGGUCAACCUGACGCGCUGCACGCGCCGCGUCCAGUGCCUGUCCCUGGAGGACUGGGCGUGCUCCAUGCGCGACGCCGAGAAGGUCAUCCGCCUGUUGCGCCACUACAAGGGCCAUCUGCAGGUGUUGAAGCUGAGCCACCUCAGCUCGGAGGACUACGGCGAUCAGAACCUGCAACUCCUGGGGGCGCUGGACGGCCUGGGCAUCAAAGAACUGUACGUGAACGGCAACCUCCUGGUGGUGUACCCGGGCAGCAGCAAGCAGGUCACCGCGCUGGCGGUGGGCGGGUCGGUGAGCGGCCCGGUAUUGGCGGACGCGCUGCGGCGCUGCCGGAAGACGCUGGUGUCGUUCGCGAUGAGCGCGUACCGCGUGGACAAGCUGAGCUGGGCGUGCGACCGGAAGGGCCCCGUGGAGCGCGCGCUCAAGAAGUGCAAGAGUCUGGAGGAGCUCCACGUGGCCCUGUGGGGCCGCGUCGGCGUGCUGGAGGCCUUCCCGCGCCUGCGGUCCCUGGGCCUCAUCGACGCCGGGUGGAGCGCGCCCCACGACGCCAUGCUCCACUUCUUCCAGACCUCUGCCGUCGCUCGCGGCCUGGAGAGCCUGCAGCUCCACUUCGAGUGCUUCGCCCACCGCGGCUUGACCCAGGCCGCGGCCGCCGGCUGCCCCAACGUCAAGCACCUCACGCUCGCCUACAAGGGCUGGCACUCCAUGAGCAAGGUCAUGGUGGACGUCCCCAGGGAUCUGCACGUCCUCGUGGGCCGCAUGGCGGGCCUGGAGUCGCUGGUGCUGAGCAAGGCGAGGGUGCCGAGCUCCGUGUUCGAGGGCCUCGCCGCCGGAGCGCUGCCCAACCUCACCCUGCUGGACCUGCGGAACUGCUCGGUGACCGAGAAGGGCCAAGAGGCCGUGUCCAGACUCGAGGCCAGGCGGCCCGAGGUCCGAGUGCUGUCCCGGCACCUGGCCCGCGCCGUCCGCCUGUCGCGGAAGGACCACAGCUACGGCACGAAGACCCGCUGCAGCCACAGCGCCUGCAUGCCCGAGUCGGACUGCGAAGACCGAGACCCGGUUCGGGACAAAAUCAGCUCCCAAGAUGAUUUUAACUACUGGUGAAUGAUGGGUCGUCAGACUCGGACGACCUUGGCAUGCCAGAGGAGCUUUGCGCGUCCUCAACAUCCGUCUCAGCAUUUUCGUGGGACUAGUUGACUUCUUCUGAGUAUUUCAUAUUGCAUGGUUCUGUCUGUUCUGAAAAUUCCACUUCAGGUAGUUUUGUUUUUCCAUUCAGAAUGUGCCCUUCUUUUUGUUACAACAAUAUUUUGCCGUGCUUGCUGUGCUUUUUUAAUGUGUCUUUAUUGUGAACGCUCAUUAUAUAUAAUGCAACAAUUUUUUUAAUCAAGGUGUUUUGUUUAAUUCUUAAUCAACCAUGUUUCGAGACGUUUUUACUUGCGGCGUCACCUCUUCUGCUUGACUUAUUCCGAAUUUAAAUAGUACCCACCUCUGUUGUGAUAUUUUACUUAUGAAUAAAAACUGAACAUUCUUACUA